AUGGGGCUUUUGACGUUGCUGCGCAAGCUCAAGAGAAGUGACCAGGAGGCCCGUAUCUUGGUGCUCGGUUUGGACAACGCGGGCAAGACCACGAUCCUCAAGAAGCUCUCGGAGGAGGACAUCACACACAUCAUGCCCACGCAGGGCUUCAACAUCAAGAGCUUGAUGCAUGAGGACUUCAAGCUAAACGUUUGGGAUAUCGGAGGGCAGAAGUCCAUUCGGCCGUACUGGCGCAACUACUUCGACCAGACCGACGCGCUUAUCUACGUUAUCGACAGCGCUGACAGGCGACGCAUGGACGAGACGGGAGUGGAGUUGGGGCAGCUGCUCGAGGAGGAAAAGCUUGCCGGCAUCCCGGUGCUCAUUUUCGCCAACAAGCAAGACCUCCUUAGCGCCCUUUCUUCGGAUGAGAUCUCCCAGGGGCUGAACCUCCACACCAUCAGGGACCGCACGUGGUUCAUCCAGGCGGCGUCGGCCAAGACCGGGGAGGGGCUCCAAGAGGGGAUGGAGUGGGUCGUCAGCCAGAUCAACGACGGAGCGGGGGGCGGCGCCGAGAGCAAGAAUUGA